GGUUCUCUUCCUCCAAAAGUCGUAUAAAUAUAACCAUGCCCUGCCUCUUCUCACUCUUUUUUUUUAUUCUUUUUCCCCUUUCCUCUUUUCUAAUCCCCUUUCCACCCUUUCGCCCUUUUUCUCCUUUCCACUCUCCAUCCGCCCCUCCCCCCUCCCCACUCUACUUACUCAUCUUUUGCAUAGAUCUAAUAGUAUCGGGCUCGGAUCAACACACUCUCCCUUCUCUCCAUAUCAUCUUUAGACUCUACCCUACUACAUCUCUACUCCACUCUUUCGUUUCAUUGUAAAAGAAGCAAAAACAAAUGGCUUCCAGAGAAAAGAAGUCCCCUCUCGUCAACUUGAUCGCCGGUGGUUCUGCCGGUUUCAUGGAGGCCCUGAUCUGUCAUCCUCUUGACACGAUCAAGGUCCGCAUGCAGCUCGCCAAGAACGCCCCCAGGAACGCCGCUGUAAG